AUGCAGUCAAUACUUAAUAGAUUCACGAACAAUAGUAAAAUAAACUUCAGACUAUCUGAUAGCGGGAUUAAUAGACUCAAACUCGAGUUGGUUCAGCUCGACGAUACCGAUUACUGGAGUAGAUACUGGACAGAGAGCUUGGAUGAUCUUAUUACAAAGGCUGAUUUGUUAGCUGCAAUACCCCAAAAUAUUCACUCUUUGCUCUACAGAUUGACCGAUAAACUCAAUAGCAUGUUGUACGCACCUACGAGCAAAUUAGUAGAGCCAGCCGAGUGUUUAAACAUCUACAAGUUAUUGGUUAAGAUCCUCACAGUUUAUUAUGAGUCUGACCGCUUUGAUGGUGUCUCAAAGCUCUCCUAUAACGAUCAACCACUCUUACAGUCCUUGUUAUGGGCACUGGUCGAUAGUCUUUAUGCUAUAGGGCUUACGGUACCUGAUGAGUAUAUCCUCCCACCGGGGCAAGCUCCCACAGCUAUCAACCACCUCAUUUGGGCUAAAGGUGUUGGUUCGUCGACCAGUAUCACCAGCAAUUCUUCAUUAGAUACAAACAAAGCUAUAAUCCUGUCGACUAUACUGGCUGUUUUGGGUCCAGGAUUGUUUUCAAGCCACCAAGAUCUCUUGCAAGUGCAGUCUAGCAUUGCAAAACCGUUAUCCAGUUUGAAUAGGAAGACCACUUUGACUCUUUUGGCGUCACUCAUUAACCAGUCAUUUGCUGAAUACUCUUUCCGCUUUACUCAAGUCACCGUAGAGGAAUCCAACUUAUCAUUACUCUCAUUAGACCUUCUCUUACUGCUUUUGAACGACGAUGGGUCUACUUUUAGCAAAUCACUGUCAAAACUACAUAGACAACAGGAUUUCGAUUUCAUUUUAACUCGUUCAUUAGAGAUAAUCGACCAGAAUAAUGCAAAUGACAACUCAAGUGCGAUCAAAUAUGGUUUCCAAACUGUUGCUCAAUCGACUGGUAAGAGAAGCAUGAAAUCACCAAGCAACGUACAGUUGUGGCUCUUUCUCUGGAGAUGCUAUCAUCUUAAUACCAAAUUCGCGAUUUAUCUCAGUCAACAUGGACAUUAUCAUCCAAUCGCGACACGCUUAUUGAACACAUUAAAUUAUGUAAAAGAUAAGAAGCAGGACUCUACAUUGGUUACUCUUCUCGUUUCUUUCCUUCAAACUUUGAGUGUAAAUCAAGAUUUCGGAAAAGCACUCGAUAGUCCAAUAUCAUUCACCGAUGGUUCGUCCACUUUGUCGGAUCUAUUGGUAAAUACCACAUAUAGCGUACUCACUGCAAACGUACACCCGGCAUCUUACUCACCGAUUAUGGCUUCUUUGUCUAAUCUAAGCAUAUACCUAAAACACCUUUCGCAAUUAUCCGCUGUGAGGUUAUUAGCCAUAUAUAGAGCUCUAGCAUCACCUCAUUUCCUUUUCGCUGAUAAGGGUAAUCCACGCUAUUUGUUCUACAUGCUUGAUAUUUUUAAUGGGAUCAUAUAUGAGCAACUGAACAAUAACCCGAAUGUAAUCUACGCAAUUUUACUCAACAGUGAAUCCCUGCAAGCGUUAGCUACGUUAACGUUGCAAAAAGGUCUGAGUAUGAUCGAGGGUAGUAGAAUUUCCAGUCUGGAUUAUGGAAAUGCGACGACGUCCGGUAACAACAAGCUCUCAUACCCACCUCAAAGGUCUAUAAGCACGCCAUUGACCAAUUAUCAAAUGUCUGAAAAGGCAAAGGGCAAACAAGCUGAGCAUUUGCGCACAGCCAGUCAGAUGUCAGACCCUGGUAAUGACAAAAAGAUAAACUUUAUUGGUGAUGUUCCUGGAACCAUCUGCGGAUACAAAACAAUGAUCAAGAAUGAUACCCCAUUCGUUGCAACCGAGGAUUGGGUGAUGAGUUGGGUGGCUACCCUCCCAUUAGAUGCUAUCUUGUUGGCUGUAACAGAGUUAUUGCCAAUUAUAAAGAAAGAAAUGAGCAAUUCAUCCGCGUUAGCUGAACUCAGAAAUGCGAAUAUUUCACAAGAGUUGGGUAAUCACAAUAAAACGCUCGACAAUUUCAAAUGGACAGAAGCAUGGAUGAUAUGGCGCACUAUAGCGAUUUGGAGCAGUGCCUACAUAAAUGCCAUACAAAAUUGGUCGUCAACUAGCGUAAAAUUAUUUGGCGUCACUCAUCAGGAAGGUAUCAGACAACAAAUAAACAAACAAGUUGGAAUAGUUGCUAACAAUGUUGGAAUUUCUCGUUUCCUGAGUGUCGGUAAUGGUCGACCAAGCCAGAAUAGAAGCACGACUGGAUACGAUUGAUGGUAUUAUAAUAACAUACCAGUGACAAUUUAAUGUAGAAUAUAAUACGAUGAAUUUUUUCUCUCG